AUGGCCAAACCCAUCUACAGUACUAUCCCCGAUGUCUUUUUCAAAGCAGAGGAGAAAUCUGCUCUGUAUCAGGCCUGCAAUGCCGUUGCAUGCGCCUAUAUGGUCAACAUUAGCCGGACCUCGAAGGCAACCUCGGAUCGAGCCAAAGCAUACGGAUUUGCGCUCAUGGCCACCCGUUCAGCCAUCCAGGAUCCUCAGCGAUGCAAAAGUGACAAUACAUUAUUAGCCGUAUGGCUGCUAGGAUUAUACGAGCUUCUAUUGGGCGUACGGAAUGGUACCGAGCCAGUCGCGACUCUUGGAUGGCAAAUACAUAAUCAGGUGCUGUCAAAGUUGAUACGCCUGCGUGGCUCGGAACAGUUUACUACCCGGACCGGGCGUAAUGUUUUUCUCAUUAUCUUUACUAACGUGGAAACCCAAGCAUUUAUGUCUGGCCAAGAAUGUAAAGAGGCAUUGACAUGCCGCGUUCGCACCUUAGUUGAUACAGGUGACCUCGACGACCUACUAUCCAACUCUCCAUCUAUCCUCCAAGACACGGAUGAAGUGGAGCAGGAAACCCAUCCCUUGUCCCACGAGGAGGCGCUGGCAAGCUAUGUGGUAGAUCCACCAAUGACGCCGUACACUCGGCCGAAGUACAUAUACCCGUGUUAUGUCGGUGUUCACGUUCUCCAAAGCAACUUUCGAAUGCGCCUCUCAUAUGCAGUCUUGGAAUUCUUGAGGUAUGCAUGCAAAGCACCGGGUUGUACGCCUCAGCAGCGGAUGAUUUUCAAGCGAUACCAGCUUCGCUGCGUCGAGGAGAUCCAAGCUCUUGUGGAUAGAGCUUCACGUACCCUGGAUAUGGUGCCUGACGUGCGGUCUGAUGAUCUCCUAGGUCGGAGGAAAGGCGUAGUGAAUGACCUGGAUGGUAAUGAUUCCCGCACUGAAGGGCCAUCAGACACAGCACAAGCUCUGUUCAUAGAACCACGCGAGCAACCCACCCAAGCUGUGAGGAUCUGUUUUGACCUUCAACAACCAAUAAAUGGAAAAUCCACUCUACUAUUCAACCACAAUGACCGUGGAAUGUCAGUUCUCCGGUUCUGGUUUGGGGAUGAGACAAAAAUGCACCAGAGAUAG